UAGUAAAAUAAGGCAUAAAUAUAAUAUAGUAUUUCCUAGUAUAAUCAAAAAGUCGUUUUAUGCUGAUAUAGAUAGCGAUUAAUUUUAUAGAACAAGUUGUAUAAAGUUAUUUUUUACUGUCAGUGUAUCAGUCAGAAAAAUUUACAUUUAAAAUUUGCGAAAUAGAUUUUGCAGAAUAUUUCUUCGCCAACUUAUAAAUAAAGUUAAUAAUCUUCGGAACAGAAGAUAAAUCGCUGAAAAUGUCAGAUUGGGGUGAUGAACAGGAUGAUGGUCGUGGUUUUGGUAAUGGAUGCUCCCAAUAUAAAGAAAAUGGCGAUGAUGAGUAUGUAGAUAAUGGCGAAGCUGACUAUACGGAGCUUCAAAACACAGACGACGGGAAUAAAGAUUUUGGUAGCAGACGUGGCAGAGGCGGCGGACGAGGUCGUGGUGGACGAGAUGACAGAAAUGGUGGUAGUUAUGGCGGGGGUCGUCGUAACUUUGAAGAUAAUGAAGACAAUGCCCAACCACCUGAAUUCCAAUCGACAGCACAGAAUUUUGUGCCCAAUAACUUUAUGAGAGCUACUAUUCAAGAAUUCUUACCCGAAGUGCCCGGCCGUAUACAAGCGACAAACAAUAUUGAUGAACUCUAUUGCAUUGUUAAAUAUCUGUUGGAAGCGUAUAAAGUAUGCUUGUCUACAGAAAUGAUUACGAAUAAUACUUCUUCAGAUAAUGCAUCCACAGAGGAGAUGGUGGUAAGGAAUGGCAAUAAUCGCGAAACGCAACAAGAAAAAUUUGAUAUUGAUCAAGAAAAUUCAAAUGUGAUUGAAAAUGUUAGAGUUGACACUACACCAAAUGAAAAUGUAGACAUUUCACAUGUGAUAGACGAAAAAAGAAAAGCACACUACAAAAUUCAACUGUCCAAAAACAUCGAUUUAGCAACAAUAAAUCAAUCUAAGUUAUCCGAUUUACCAGACUUAUUCAAAGAUGUAAUAUCUACCUCACAGGAUCAAGAGACCCCAAUGUCGACUACUUCUAUGACCCCUUUUAAACGUAGAAAAACUAAUUGUAACGUUAACUAUAAUAAUCUAGGUGCUGGAAUUGCAAGAAUUGAUAUUAUUCCAAAUAAGAUUCGAGGACAUAUAACGGAGAGGGAAUAUGCAUUAAGAAAACCUUUACCGAUGCGAAAUUGUUUAAAAAUUGUUCCGAAAGAUCUCACACUCGUCAAUAUUAUGCGUAAAAUGACGUAUAAUUUCUUCCCAUUGGAAGACAUACUGGCAAACGCCGCAUCGCCUGGUAUGCAUCAAAUUGUACCAUUUUUUGAAGAUCAUUCGCAACUAGAAGAGGGUAGUGCUGGGACAUCGACAAGCAUCAAUGUUGCACGCCAACAUGUGACGGCGUCAUCGAUUUCGGGUUUACCUUCAAUACAAUUGGUGCGAUCACACUCGGGCGGCCUAUCAAUGCAAAUUCUGAAUGAGCAAUUCAAUACACCGGAGGAGAUUUCAGAUUUUUUGCCACGAUACACAGAAAAUAGCGGUCAACAGAAACACGGUGACAUUUUGCCUGAAUCAUCGACAGACAUUACAUUUCUCACCCCGUAUCCGACAACAAUCUCCGCAGGAAUAUUGUCACGCUCAGAUGAGGAUCAGUUAAAAAGUGUUAAAAAAAAUAAGCUUAUUUCAGGCCCUUUAUUGCCCCAACGCGCAGAACCAUCAACCUCUAGAACUGGAACUUUACCAUCAAUACGAGAAGAAGAAUUUCGACGAACAUUAAUAAGAAGGACUGUUCGAAACAGCGAUAUCUCUUCGACGCCGUUACGGCCCUUAGACGGUAUAGCUUUGGAAGGGAGGGAUAUACCGCAUUUUCAAAGUUAUGCAAAUGAGGGCAGCACCGAACUCAUCAGUGGUGGUAAUAUACAAAGCACAGAAGCUGGUAUUGUCUCGAUAGUAAAUCAAGAUGUGCAAACAUCUGCGAUUGGGGUCUCUAAAGCUUUUGAAUCAGUUGAACAAACGUCUAUAAUUCAAUCAUCACUACACCAAAAGGUUGUUGAAAGAAAAACAGAUAAGACAAUUUUGCCAUCAGGAUCAUUGUUACAUGUCCAAAUACCUGAGGAGUUAGACACUUUAAAUGAACCCCGGAAUUGGUUGGAAGUACUACGUGAACGGCAAGUGGAUCUACAAUAUAAUAAAUUUGGAAUUUUACCAAAAAAACGCAAAAGAUGCCAUAAGCGCCGAGCCCCGCAGAACUUAAAAUUAACACAAGCAUGUGAUUUUCGUGUGAGUUAUCAAACCAACAAUACUGAAAUACUUCAGGCUUUAUCGCCAUUGCCCAGUCAGUUACCAGUGCCAUUAGAAUCGACUGCGGACGUCACACAUAUCCGUAAUUUGAAUAAUGUUCACGAAACACAAUUUACAGUUGUAGAGCAGCCAUCUUACGAACAAUUUGUAUAUGAGCACAUCGAGUCGAUUUCGACUAUCAUGGAUAACCUAGUUGAAUGGCAGAGUGUGUUAAAAGCUUGCAAUCGAAAUAGUGAAACAAAUACAUCAACUGCAUUACUGCCCGCAUAUUAUGCCUACGACGUGGAGACUCUUCUAAAAGCUGACAUAGCACGCUUGCAGCUCAAAAUGAAUCUAUUGCAAGCGAUUAUUCGCAAUGUGUCGUUUAAUGUGAUGAAGAGUCGUUUAUUGAAAAACAGAAGCCUUGCUGCGGUUGCAUUCAAUUUUUUAAUAGAACUCGAAUCUGCCGGGAUUAUACGAAUAAAGGAGCAUGGGCAUUGGGUGGAAUUAAUUUAACUUUAUGCUCAUAGUGCGCAUUUUUUAUGUUUAUAUGUAAUACACACAUCUGUAAUUGUGCGUGCGUCUAUCAAUGUUGAAUAUGUACACUUAAGAUCAAAUAUGUCCCGCACUGCUGCCCUGUCAACUGAUUGUUUACGACAAAAAUGAACAACGAGUUUGCUUGUGUGCUUGUGUUUCCAAUGGAAUCACGGCUAGGAGAAUGUUUCGUUGAUGUGUCUUUCUGUCCGCGAAGCUGAAAAAUCCUCUUUGAAGAACGCACCAUGAGUCCAUUGACGCAAUAGAUAAAAAUCGCCAGACAACCUAUUUGCGCGGUAAUAUCCAAAUUCACACGAACAUAAACAAGUGUUUGUAGAUCUCUUUAUUCAUUCGGUGUACGUGCGUAGUUUAAAACCAUCGGUCUGGGUCAUAUUUUAUCUUAAGUGAAUCCACCACUAGCUUUAACUUGAUCUCUUACGAGUUCAAUCGAUUUUAGAUAUCGCUGCUGACUCAUAUUCGUACAAUUAAACAAUCAAUAUUCGGUCAAUAAAUGAAAGCAUUAUUGGUAUCAAUAUGCGAUUUCCGAAUAUAAAAUGUCCAUCCCAACUUUUUGAACUGUUGACUCUUUAGGUCGUUGUAUUUUUGCUGCAGUUGGAUAAAAUUCAUUGCAGCAUCUGUAUGGGUAUUUUAGGAUGACUAGCUUUCUUAUUAUUGCCAACAUAAUUUUCUUUUCCGCUAUUGUUAUGUCGUUAUUAAUAACAAAAGUUUAAAUUAAUUGGGUUGUUAGUUUAUAACAAUAUAUAUGUACCUCUUCAUUACUUAGGAACUAAUGAAAUAUCGCAGUAUACACGUAUCUGUGUCGCAAGUAGAGUUGAAUAUGCGUUCAAUAAUAUGCGUCCACUAUUAAAUUUUUCCCUUAUUUAUUUUAUUUAACUAUUUUGAAGUCUUAAUAAAUAUGUACUAAGUGAAUGUGUAUAUUAUAUAUGAUUCGGAAUAUUUUCCAUGGCUAGCCACAAUUUUUUCCCAUAUUUGUGACUGCUUCUGAAUUUUUUUUCUUUUGACGCGAUCCAAUUUUUGGCUUCUUCUUAAGAAAGACCUUGGCAACAUCUAGCCGAGCGUUGUCUUGUCGAGUUUUUCCGAGUAUUGCAGACGUUUUCCCUUCAAUGCUCGACUCAAACCUAUUAAUUGUGUCCGAUAGAGGACUCCUGUAAUGGUUUCCACUGGUUGCAAGAGUUCAUAGUCCACUACGCCGAACCGAUCAAACUUUUUACGUGUGCGCACGUUCCUUGCCUUCCACGUCAUAUUCGCCAUUUGUGAACUAUUCUCGACACGUUCCUUGACUAAUACAACGUUCACCAUAAGUUUCUACAAUCCUUUGACGAGCCUGAGCUUUUUUUUUCGGAUGAAAAGCAAAAGGCAACACUUUCCGCAAAUGACCCUUGCCACUCACGAACAAUGAGCACAGUUAUUAUAAAGACCCAAGGUUUUGUAACUGUUGAUUCAAUCAAUUUGACUCGCUGGCGCCUAUGAGAAAACGGUGGUUUUCUUUUUGUACGUCUGAUGAUAUAAUUGCUGAAUUUCAAUGGUGGUUAUUCUAACUUCGAAGCAAAAUUUUAGUUCGAUAAUUCAUAUAUUUAAAGCCAACAAGCUUUUUAGAAUCGAUUUUUUGUUUUAUUUAUUGUCCUUAGGACAUUAGUUUUACUUUAUAUUUAAAAAUACCUAACACUCGUGU